GCCUCUGGGCAGGCAGCUCCCCGGCGGGGCCUCGAGCGCCAUGAAGCGGGGGGGCGCCGGCAGGAGGGCGGCGGCGGCCAAGAACGGCGGCCCCCGCCCGGAGGAGCAGCGCGAGCGGCUGGCCCGGGGGCUCCGCGAGUGCCAGGACUGGCUGCGCGCUUAUCUGAAUGAAACAGGAAUCUUCAUCGCAAGAGCAGAUAGCAAGAUAUGGAUUACCCUUAUAAUGGCCGCCGUUGCUGGAAUUCUUCACUGGUGCCAUAUAACAGCUCUCUUUGAAAAUGACCGCCACUUUUCUCAUCUUUCAACCCUGGAAAGGGAAAUGGCUUUUCGAACUGAAAUGGGUCUUUAUUAUUCUUAUUUCAAGACCAUCACUGAGGCACCAUCCUUUCUGAAUGGAGUCUGGACGAUUAUGAAUGACAAGCUAACUGAGUAUCCUCUUGUAAUCAACACAUUGAAACGAUUUAAUGUCUAUCCAGAGGUUGUUGUAGGCUUUUGGUACCGAUUAUACACAGAAACGAUGAAUGUGCUGGGUAUUCCGACAAAGAAAUGUUGGACAGUGAAUAGAGGAGAAGACCUCAGUCCUGUUGAGAGCUGUGAAGGGUUGGGAGAUCCUGCUUCUUUUUAUGUGGCUAUGAUAUUUCUUCUGAAUGGAUUAAUGGUGUCAGUAUUCUUCCUAUAUGGCACAUACCUAAGUGGCAAUAGGUUUGGAGGACUACUUACAGUGGCAUGCUACUUUUUCAACCAUGGGGAGAGUACUCGUGUGAUGUGGACUCCCCCUCUUCGUGAAAGCUUUUCAUAUCCGUUCCUUGUGGUUCAGAUGCUAUUACUAACCUACAUUCUCAGGACUCAGAAUGUUAAUAGAAGAAGCCUGAUUGCACUAUCUGUUUCUAAUGUUUUUUUCAUGCUUCCGUGGCAGUUUGCUCAGUUUGUUCUUCUAACACAGGUGGCAUCAGUUUUUGGAAUUUAUAUUUUAGGAUUGAUUGAUUCAUCCAAACUACAGAAGAUACUUUAUGCACAUAUGGCAUCACUUGGAGUAUGUUUUGUCCUUAUGUUUGGAAACUCUAUGUUGCUGACAUCAUAUUAUGCUGCCUUUUUGGUAAUUAGUUGGGGUAUUCUUGAACUGGGUCCUAAAUACAUCCUGAAAAUGUGUACUAGAAGAGGUAUCAGCAUAUGGGCCAUUGAAGGAUUUUCUUGCUUUUUGGGGACAAUUACCUUGAAGUUCUUGAUGUGCCUAAUAUUUGGAACAGCUGAUGAUGCUCAUAUAAGCAACCUGCUGAAGGCAAAAUUUACUGGUUAUAGGGAUUUUCAUACUUCAAUGUACACAUGUGCUGUGGAGUUUGAUUUCAUGGAAAAACAGACUCCAGUAAAGUACAUGAAGACACUUCUGCUUCCGAUAGUUCUUGUUGUUUUUUCAGUAAUUGUUAUGAAGACAUUUCAACAUGUUGUGUGUCGCAAGGAAUUAUCUGAAAGACAGGAGGAAAAUUUCAAUCAUGGGGAGAUAGUAUACCAUGCACUGCAGCUUAUAUUUUUUACUGUUCUUGCUAUUUUAUUUAUGAGACUAAAGCUGUUUCUGACACCUCAUAUGUGCAUCAUGGCAUCCUUGAUAUGUUCAAAGCAACUGUUUGGAUGGCUGUUUAGCAAAAUCCAGCCUGGAACACUUGUUCUUGCGAUUUUAGCAAUGAUGGCAUUUGAAGGAGUAGCAAACCUUCAAAGAGAAUGGAGCAUUGUGGGAGAAUUUAGCAACUUGCCCCAGGAAGAGCUACUGUUAUGGAUAAAAGAAAAGACCAAACCAGAUGCUGUUUUUGCGGGUCCAAUGCCUACAAUGGCAAGUGUAAAAUUGUCUGCUCUUCGGCCUAUCGUGAACCAUCCUCAUUAUGAAGAUGCAGGUUUACGGGCAAGAACGAAAACAGUUUAUUCCAUGUAUAGCCGAAAACCAGCAAAAGAAGUUAAAAGGGAAUUGCUGAAGUUGGGAGUAAAUUACUACAUUUUAGAAGAUUCUUGGUGCCUGAGGAGAUCUAAGCCCGGCUGCAGCAUGCCAGAAAUCUGGGAUAUAGAAGAUACUGCCAAUGCUGGAAAAGUUCCCUUAUGUACCCUCAUGAGCAUGGAUUCCAGGCCAUACUUCAGAACCGUCUUCAACAACAAUAUAUACAAAGUAUUAGAAGUUACCCGGGAAUGACUCUUCAGUGCAACACAUUUUCUGACAGUAUAUGUAUUUUUAAACUGGCAACUAAGUAAAAGAGAGCUCUCAGUUCAGUGUCCAUUAAAACCAACAGGACUUUUGACAUUCAUUUUAAUGGAUUGCACCAUUAGACAUAGGCUGCGUUCCAGAGAAUUCUAUGCUCAGGAAGUUCCUUUGUCAGUUGUAGCAACCAAAGCUUUGUGCCUACAUAGGCUCUAUCCCUUUUUCAUAUUUUAAACCGUGUAGCUGCAUAUAGGGCUACUUCAUUGGAUCAGCCUUAAAUGGUGAGUCCAGUUAUAUUUAUUUGGAAAUACAUUCCAUUGAUGUAAAUGAUAACGGCUUCUGAAUAAAUAUGUUCAGAAUUGGAAGCGCUAGGGUGCCAGGAAAUAUAGUAUACUGCAGGGAAUACUAAACUUUUACAAUGAGGACAUUUUUAAAAUAUUCUCAGUCGUAGACUUGGGUCAGUUCUUUAAAAUUUGCUAUGCAAAUGUUUAUGUGUUCAAACAUUUUUAAAUAAAUAGUGAUCCAAAGCAAGUGAGCAAAAAUGGCUGUGGAAAAGUAUGCCAGGUUUCAAAAUCAGUGAAAUUGCAGAGGCAGAUGAUCUUUCCUAGUAUAGUCAGUGCAUCUUUCAACCCGAAAUAGCUAAGAAGGCGCAGCAUUCCAUACACAGUCGCCACAUUAUAUUGCUAACACCAUUCCCCUAGCAUGCAUCUCAUAUUGCACCUUUUAUGAAUAUGUAUAUUUUUUGUGAAGGAAUUGGAUAGUUUCCACUAUCUCAUUUAUGUGCAAGUGGCUGUUUUUAUGAAAACCGAUGAAAAAUCCCCAAUGUUUUAGGUCAUUUUAGAGCUAGGUAAUAUAUUUUCAGUUUUUGUUCUACAUGGAAAUUAUUCUGAAUAACUUUGAAUUUCAUAUUUUAGAUGGCAAAUGUGCACAAUCCACAAUCUUCAGCCUUCUUUUUAAAGUAGUUGCUAAAAUCAGACCAAUGAAACUAAUUUUAGUAAGCAGUAUUUUUGCUACCAGCUGUUGAAAUGGUUUAUCACCAAAGUAGACAAAACUUAACAAAUUUUGCACAUAUGAAAUAUUAACAAGGAAAAAGUUUUCAGGGUUUAGAAAAAUCUUUUUAUGCUUUGGCCUUAAUUUAGUAAUAGAACAUAUUUUGCCUACCUUGUAGAAAGAAAGUCUAAAUUGAUAGGAAAUAACAUUCCCUGAGAAACAAAAUGUAACCACUAGAGCAAUGUAAAAUAAAUGGAAAUAAACUCAUUUCAAUUUUUGUGGCUCUUUUAUACAUCUUAGAAUAGUUAAUUUAUGUAAAAGUAAAACUAAUAGUAUGGCAAAUAUUAAAUAAACUACAACAGUAUUUUUGCCAUUUUUAAAAAAACUGCCACGUAUUUUGAUUUCUGCUUUUAGUGAGAUUCUGAUGAUGAUGCACAGCUCCACUUCAGGCAGGAAUUCACUUUUUUCAUUGAUAGAGCAAGAUUGUCAUAUGCGUGAGGUGGGGGAACACUCUGCCAAAAAGGCAAUAUGAAUUCUGUUUAUGCAACAGCUACUAAAAAAACAUUGCAAAUCAUCUAGAUAAGGAACCAUCUGGAAAACUGUUUGUUCAGCUCUCUGUUGAAUUUUAACUUCUGUACUGCAGGCACAGCUUUGUGACUUAAAUGUAGUAAAUUCUGCAGCAAGAAGCAUAAUUUAUUACAUAGACUAUUAAAGUGGAUUUCAAGAUAGUGAUAUAAGAAGGAUUAGCCAUAUUUUGGUUGUGUCUCACAUUGAUUAAAAUGAGGAGAGCUAAAGAAACGGUUUUAAUUGAUUUUUUUUUAAAAAACAACCUCAUUUUGUUUCCUAUUUGUUAAGACAACCACUAAUGAGGAUUGGGCUGUGGAAAAUUAACAUUCAAGAAGAUGUCUUUUGUAAUUAUAUUACAGCACAAAAAUACUGUAUUUUUAUGCAUUUUAUGCCAAUUGUUGAUGUUCGUGGUUAAAAUAAAAGCUUUGUUCAUA